UCUGGUUUAGGUGCGGUGACACUUGUUGGCAACAAAUAGACAAUCGAAGACCCGAUCACACAGAGUCUAUUCUGAAUUUCUGAUAUUUUGUUGUGAUCUGAUCACCUGAUUCACCUCCUCCCCGUCAAUCCAAGACCAAGACAAGAAAACCGAAAGGAAACUCAAGAAAAUUAAUGCAUUCAGCAAGAUUAUAUAUCUACUGUUUCUUCCGCAUUCAGCAGUACAAGUUCAGGUUGCUUCAGUCUAUACGAGCCAUCAGCCAUGAGCGUCUGGGAAGGUGCUAAGUCCGCUGCCGAUGCUUCUACACGUUCAGCGGAGACGUUCGGAGUGAAACACGACGGAUGGGUUAGCACAGGCACAUGGAGCCCGGAGACUUUCCACACCCUAUCUUCUCCUCCCCCUGUUUGCAGUCCUGUGUACCUGGGGUCGUCCUCUGUUACUUCGGAGCAUCACUUGUUUCAAGUUCCCAUUGAGUCUUCACCCCAAACGAAUCAGGUAAUGAUUCAAGAACCAUUGACUCAGAUGCUUAAGUCCACCACUCGUGUUCUCUCAUUUUCAUAUUUAUGGUGUUUCGUUGCAUUCCAGUGGUUUAGUGUUCUCUCGGAUGAGGAUCAGAAACCGCCAUCCAAAGAAGAGACCGAGAACGUGAACAACUAUCGUUUACCUUCCAAAGUUGGUGAACAUGCUAAGCAAGAAUGCUGUCCAAGAAACAAACCGAAUCAAAAGGCCAAGUCAGUUCGGACAUAUAGAAGGCUACUUCUAUGCGAGCCCAGCACGAUUAGUGUGUCAGCCAGCAGCGAACCCAUCAACUGCAGCACUCAUCAGGAGAUGCACAGAAUCAGCAGCAACCAACCCAUUAAUUACAGCACCUACCAAUCGCAGCAUAGCAACAAGGAAAGAAAAGAGAAUCAAGGCCACAAGAAUUCAAUCGGAGAGGCUCCCUCUGUAUCCAAUUUAUCCCUCGAUAUAUCCGUCAGCACAUGCGGGGCAUCUAAUGUGGAUGGACUAAACGGGAACAAUGGGCCUACAGCUGAACUGGGUAAAAGACAUUUCCAUGAGUUCAUAUCUGGAAUCAAGAGGAACAAAAUUGAAGCCAAACUCGAUGAGUGGAAGACUKCYAAAUCAAACAAACUCAUGGACAAACUGAGAAGGAAGGAAGCUUUAAUAAAUUUAUGGGAGAUCAAGGAGACAGCAAGAGUUGGCAUGGAAAUGACUGAAGUCGAGGCCAAGUUGGAGAAGAAACGACUGAAAGCCCAGGAGAAGAUGCAGAAGGAAAUUAAAAGUAUACAGAGAAAGGCCAACGAAGAAAAGGUGAAGCAGCAACAAGCCACUGCAAGAAAGAUAUCGGAUGUGUCCCAGAUGGCAGAGAAAAAAAGAGAGACUGGUAAGCUUCAGAGGUUGAAGGCAUUGAUCCAUUGGUAGUGCAUUUCGACAUGCAAAACUUGCAAAUAUGCAUUGCUUAUUA